AUGUGGAAACGGUCUCCCUCUCCAGAGGAAAGCUGGAGUGAUGCGGAGGGCGGGAAUGAGAAUGGAGAGUGGCCAAUCAAGGGGGUCGUAGGUGAGGAAGUUGAUCCUGAUGGCACUUCAAGAUAUGAAGUGAGAUGGGGAAACUGGUCGCGAAAGGAUGGCACAAACACAACAUGGCAAACCGAUAUAACUGAUCGCAGUGAUUUGAUAAAUACCUGGAAAAAACACCAGGAUAAUAAGCGUAAUGCACUUGCUCAAGACGGUCUAGACAUAGAAGUGUCUUGGCCAGAUGACGCAGUGCAUAAGCGUUUCACCUUCCUGCGCGCACAAGCAUACGAGGAGAAGAAACGCAAAGGGCUCGAUAAGCCCUCAGCAGCACACUGGGACCAGGAAAUAGAACGUGUACGCAGGCACAUAGAUGAGCUCGACGCCGAAGACGGCAAUGCGGCAUCUCGCCUGCGUGUGCACCGAAGUACCCCACGUUCUACCCCAUCAUAUGAUGCACGAUUAUCCUCUGUCAAACGCACUCGUGUUCCUACUCCUCCGAAUCCCCCAUCUAGAAGAGGUGCUUCUGCAAGGAAGAGGUCACCUUCCAUAGGGGAUGACGCUUUUCGCUCUUUGAUGUUCAAUUUGUCUACAAGCACAGUGGAAUCUCCUAGGGCUAUAUCCAAAGCCGCCACAGAAAGAUACAAGAAUGUCAUCACAAACCACUCUGUCAAAUCUGCACGAGAAGCUGGUGCUGCAGAUCUACGCAUCUCCAACGAGAUCGUAGAUGGUGACGUUGGACAGCAUCUGCACAGAUUCAAAUACAUGGAGAGAUCAUAUCAUUUUGAUAAUGAUGGUCUCCAGUCAAUUUUUAAUGUGGAUCCAGGGGCUUUCCUUGCAUGUGAAUGUACGUCGUGUCAAAAAGCAUCUCAAUGCGACUGUCAGUCAGAAUCAGAGGUCACGAAUGGAAGAGGGUACAAGUUAUAUGCUUAUAGUGGGGUGAGUAUCACUUUCUGUUCCGGAAUGUAUUGGCAACUUGUACAGGGACUUUUUACAUCUUGUAUCCCGCGAGGAGUUGAAGUCAUUGAGUGCAACAAGUAUUGUAGAUGUGGUCCAAUGUGUGGUAAUCGCGUUGCUCAGAAACCUCGUGAUAUUCCGAUCGAGAUUUUCAAGACAAAGCAGUGCGGCUGGGGUGCUCGUUGCCCCAUUGGACUGCCAAAAGGAAAGGUAAUGGGAAUAUACACAGGACGUCGGGAAGAUGUGGACAACCUUCCUCCGGAGCACAUUGGUUAUGUUUUUGAUCUUGAUGGCACAGAGGUCCGUGGUCAGCACAAUGAAGGAGACAAGUUCUCGGUCGAUUCUUAUGACUACGGCAACUGGACCCGCUUUGUCAAUCACUCAUGCUCUCCCAGUAUGAAGGUCUAUUCGGUCGUCUUCGAUACCAUUCGAGAGGUACACAUGCCCUAUGUGGCAUUCGUCACUGCACGAGACAUACUUGCAGGAGAGGAGCUCACCAUUGAUUAUGAACCAAGCGCCCUCGAAGAUAUGGCUGAAGGUACUGGGAAGCAAAAGCGAAAGAUGUCGCCCACCGCGCUCUUAUGUAAGUGUAGCUCCAAGCAAUGUAGAGGAUGGAUCAAACAAUGA